AUGGCUACCCCUAGUGUUCUAGUCUUUGAUGCUAAGGGUUGGGCUGUUGACUUUAAGGUCUGGGUCGAUGAUCUACAGCUUUUCCUACAGUACGAUAGGAAGGACAGUCUCUCCCUGUUCGAUCUCACGUCUGGCGCCUCUACUGCCCGUGCUGCCGAUGCUGACAGCACUGUUCGCUCCCAGUGGGCCACACGCGAUGCUACUGCCCGUCUUGCUGUGCGUAGUCACUUGCCGUCCACUGAGCACGCGCACUUUAGUCGGUACAAGAGUGCUAAGAUCUUGUACGAUGCUGUAGUUGCACGCUACUCUUCCCCUGCCACUGCUGCCCUUAGCCGCCUCAUGCUGCCGUACCUGUUUCCUGACCUCGCUGCCUUUCCCACUGUCGCUGACCUCGUUACGCACCUUCGCACUAGUGACACCCGCUACCGUGCUGCGCUUCCUGCUGAGGACCACUUCCUCUCUGUUUGCCCCACAAUACUCACCGUUGACCUCCUCGAGGAGCGCCUCCUGGCAGCUGAGAAGAGUAUAGUCGCUGUAGGAGCCUCUCGUGGUGACCCUCGUGCCCCCGUCUUUGAGGGGUGCUCCCCCUCCCCCCUUUUGCCCUCUGUUGCCUCUGCUGCUGCCGUCGACUUCGUUAGCACCGAGUCGGUCGACGCUGCGUCUGCCCCUAGUGGGCGAUGCCGCACCGGCAAGGGUAAGGGGGGUAAGGGUCGGGGUGGGGGUGCUGGUCCUUGUGCCUAUGUCCUGCGUACCGGCGACCGCAAUGGUGAGACGUGCGGUGGCCCGCACACCACCCAGCGCUGCUUCGGCAGCCUGACGGACGCUUGGCGUCUCCAGUUCCCUGACGCCACUGAGAUCCCCCGCUGGGGCGAGCUGCUUAGGUUGGGGGUUGCUAUCUUUGAUCUGGAAUAUGAUGCUAUUCUUGCUGCCAUGUAUGUUGUGUCUACUAGUGAUGAGGGUGACUGUUACCUGUGUGUUCCGCCUGACCCGGGCAUUGAGGCUGCUGCUCUAGGUGCUGGUGAGGCUGCUGCUCUAGGUGCUAGUGCGUCUGCUGCCCCAGGUGCUGGUGAGUCUGCUCUCUCAGGUACCACGUCGGCUCAGGCCUUACACACCUUCACCCUUGACUCGGGUGCUUCCCGCUCCAUCUUUCGAGACCACACCACGCUUACGCCGCUUAGUCGGCCGGUUGCAAUCUCCCUAACGGACCCCUCUGGGGGUCCUGUCCUUGCCCACUUCUCCACUGUCUUACCGUGUCCGGCAGCCCCCUCUGGCACCCUGUCAGGUCUCUACCUCCCCUCGUUCUCUACGGACUAG